GGCCCGGGGCAGUCUCUCUGGCCGCCUGGCUCGGUGGCCGGUCCUCCCGCGCAUGCGCGGGGCUGCUCGGGCCCGGAUUGCUAUGGCAGCGGCGUCGCCGUGGGUCAGGCCCCCUCGCUCGCGCCGGGGCCCGGCUGUCGCCGCAGUGGUUGGCGCUGCAGCCUCUCGGGCAUGAGCGGGGCCUCCCGCCGCUGCCGCCGCAUCCCGACUGCGGGCCCCUCGCCGGGAACAUGCCCCUGGCCGCCUACUGCUACCUGCGGGUCGUGGGCAGGGGCAGCUACGGGGAGGUGACGCUCGUGAGGCACCGGCGGGACGGCAGGCAGUAUGUCAUCAAAAAGCUGAACCUCCGAAACGCCUCCAGCCGAGAGCGGCGGGCCGCUGAACAGGAAGCUCAGCUCUUGUCUCAGCUGAAGCACCCUAAUAUUGUCACCUACAAGGAGUCCUGGGAGGGAGGGGACGGUCUGCUGUACAUCGUCAUGGGCUUCUGCGAAGGAGGCGAUCUGUACCGAAAGCUCAAAGAGCAACAGGGGCGGCUUCUGCCUGAGAGUCGGGUGGUGGAGUGGUUUGUUCAGAUCGCCAUGGCUCUGCAGUAUUUACAUGAAAAGCACAUCCUUCACCGAGAUCUGAAAACUCAAAAUGUUUUCCUAACAAGAACAAAUAUCAUCAAAGUGGGUGACCUGGGGAUCGCCCGAGUGCUGGAGAGCCACUGCGACAUGGCCAGCACCCUCAUCGGCACGCCCUACUACAUGAGCCCCGAACUGUUCUCGAACAAGCCCUACAACUAUAAGUCUGAUGUUUGGGCCCUGGGAUGCUGUGUUUACGAAAUGGCCACCCUGAAGCAUGCUUUCAAUGCAAAAGACAUGAAUUCUUUAGUUUAUCGGAUAAUUGAAGGAAAGCUCCCACCAAUGCCGAAAGAUUAUAGCCCGGAGCUGGCAGAACUGAUGAGAACCAUGCUGAGCAAGAGGCCCGAAGAGCGGCCAUCUGUGAGGAGCAUCCUGAGGCAGCCGUACAUUAAGAGCCAAAUCGCCUUGUUUCUGGAGGCCACAAAGGCAAAAACCUCCAAAAAUAAUAUUAAAAAUGGUGACUCUAAAUCCAAAUGUGUCGCUACAGUGGUUUCUGGAAAGGCUGAAUCAAAUCAUAAAGUAGUCUCUCCGCAGCCACACUCUUCUCAGGGCUCCAAGACGUAUGUGAUGGAUGAAGACAUAUGUUUGUCCCAGGAGGAACCCGUAGUCCUUGGCCCCUUGAAGACACCUACAAGUCUGGAAGGCCACACCCGCAGACCAGACACAAGCAAUCCCGCAGAAUCACUGGCCACAGUUAGUAGAGUGAAUAUCGACAUCUUACCUGCAGAAGGGAGGGACUCCAUCCAUGGUGGCCUAGUUCGGGAGAGUCAGCCAAGACACUUAGUUGCCUCUACUGAGCUAGAAGGUACAUGCACUAUUUCUCAAGAGAAGGAGAACCUGCAGGAUAAGUCUAAGUCCAGCACUCAGCCUGGGAACCUAAUUCCCACGUGGUCCUCUGAUGAUAUCACCAGAGAAAGGACUGACGCAGUGAAACCUCUGCAGCCCCUAAACAAAGACCAGAAGCCGAAGGCACGGGAUGAAGUUGCUGGUGAAUGUGUUACAGACAGACAGGACGGAAUCCACCCAGGUUUCCAGCCACACAGCUCUGGGUCUGAACCCUCCCUGUCCCGGCAGCGGCGACACAAGAAAAGAGAACAGACUGAGUGCAGCGGGGAGCAGAGACAGUUCCAAGAGGCCUCUCCUUGCCUUCUGCCUUCUCUUCCCACUGUUGGAAGAAUGGUUGUCACAUCAACACAAAAGGAUGCUGAAAACCAAAGCAGAGUAGCCACUGGGUCCGUGAGCAGUUCAAGGAGCAGUGAGAUGUCAUCAUCAAAGGAUCGACCUUUAUCGGCAAGAGAGAGGAGGCGACUGAAGCAGUCGCAGGGAGAGACGCGCCCCUCAGGCCCUUCAGCGAGGAGAGCUUCUCUGAGUGCAGGAGCGCCAGGAAAACCCCAAGAGGAAGGCCAGCCCGCCCCUGCCCGAAGGUUGUCUUCGGACUGCCAUGCUGCUCAGGAAAGGAAGCUCACCCAUUGUCUCUCUGAAGAUGAGUUAACUUCUUCUACAAGUUCAACCGAUAAAUCAGAUGGGGAUUCCAGGGAAGGGAAAGGUCAUUCAAGUGAAAUGAGUGACUUGGUGCAAUUGAUGACUCAGACCCUAAAACUGGACUCUAGAGAGAGCUGUGACGAUCUCCCAGUACCAGGUCCGAUGUCAGAAUUUAAACUCCAUCGGAAGUACCGGGACACGCUGAUACUUCAUGGGAAAGUCGCAGAGGAGGCAGGGGAACUCCAUUUGAGAGAACUACCUUCAGCUAUCGUGCCAGGUUCUGAGAAGAUCAGAAGAAUAGUUGAAGUCUUGAGAGCGGAUGUAAUCCAAGGCCUGGGGAUCCAACUUUUAGAGCAGGUGUAUGAUCUUUUGGAAGAGGAGGAUGAGUUGGAGAGAGAGUACAACUGAGCCUAAAAAGCAGACAGCCCCUCGUACUAACAAGCACCCCUGAUCGGAGCGCUCCUGUGCGGCGAGGCCGUCUUCUCGGAGGGCUCAGUCCUGGUUAUGAUGACCAUCACAGUUCAGGGCCUGCACAUUACUCCCCAGUGAGUCAACUGCAUUAUAUCACACCUGCCUUAUGAAAAUUUUUAGAGAAGAAGUGGCUGAACAAACAUUUCUGGAGUAGUUGCUCUUUUUGUAUAUUUGUGGUUCGAGUGCUUUGGUAGGAAUAAUAAUAAAACCAAAAAUAAAGCCUUAAAUUCCUAAAAACAUAGUUGAUUCUCUACCAAUUUAAUGAUUUCUAAAUGCUGUUUUGAUUUUUAAUUUUGAAAUACUUUCAGACUAACAAAGUUGUACAAGUAAUACAAAGAGUCCCUGAAUAUUCCUCACCUAUAUUCCCUAAUGUUUCCCGUUCUGCCACUUUUGCUUUAUCAUUCUCUUUCUCCAUAUGUACAAUUUUUUGAAAUCUAUUUAUGAGAAAGUUGCAGACACAUGAAGUCCGUUCAUUGAGGGCAUUUGCUGUUAUUUUAUGUCUUGCUUCUCCCCCCAGGCAAAAUUUCUGGGCCCGGCUCUGGAGCUGGGAAUGAGGACAAUAGCUUGCUGGUCUCUGAGGGACCCCCGCCCUCCCGCUGUAGCAGCUCAGUGAGGGGCAGGGGCGGUAGCCUCUGGUCUUCUCAGCGUGUUCUGCUCAGGAUGGAAGCUUCAUUUAUUGUCUGGGCACAGGUGACUGGGGCUCCGGGAUUUUCAGUGGCCCCGCGCCCAAUGUAACGCCUCCGUCCUGAGGCCAAGCUGAGUCCGAGGAAGGAGGCCUCUGCCUCUUGGCUGCAGUCUCCCAGAACGUCUCCUUGACACCAGGUUGGGGGCAGGAUGAGGUAACGGAUACCUUUGGACUAGGAACUGGGCAACGAGGGGCCCCUGCUGUUGGUUUCACCGGCCUGGUGUAGUUUUUGUCUCACUGAACUGGGCAUGAGGAGGGAGGCAGCUGGUCUUAGUUCACAUACCACUGACUGACAGACACUCUUCUGAGUUUUAGUAGAUUUUCUUGAAAAAAAAAAAGUGUCUUUAUUUGCUCCGUGCCAUUAGGACCAUUUCCAGAGACUUGAAAUGGUUGGUUUUUAGGGUGGUUUUCACUAGUUUCACUGAGGAGGGGCCUGCGGAGCUCCUCAGUUAGGGUUACAUUCCAUAUUUGUUCUGUCUCCCUUCAUCUGGAACCGCUGCUCGGCCUGUGUUUCAUGGCCUUGACACUUGAAGUGUCAUAGGCCAUCUGUUUUUAGAGCGCCCCUUGGUUUGGAUGUGCCUGGUAUUUCCUCAUGAAUAGAUUCAGAUCAUGCAUUUUGGCAGAUUAUGUGUGUGUCCUUCUCACUGCAUUGUACCAGGAGGUGCAUGACACCUGUUAACACUUUAUUAGGUGUUAUUUUUAAUUUCAAACAUUUCUUUCAACAGACAUACAUUGAGUGUCACAUAAUACAUUUGUUUGAUUCCUAGUCAGAUUUAAUUUUCCAUAUAAUUGGUCACUUAUUUUUUGUAAAUGCCUUUCCUGAAUUAUCUAUGGGCUUGAUUUGAUCAACUCUAAUAUUCUAAUGUUUUAUUGAUUCUAAGAACUCCUUGUGAUAUGUAUUCUUAGGCAUGUAUGAUGCAAAUAUUUUCCCUAUUGUUUGCUCUUUCUUAUAACUUUAUUUUUUGGUGUUAAAGUUUUUCAUUUUAUGUAAAUAGAAUGAUUCAUAUUUUCCAUAUGGUUUCCACCUCUAGGACCUUGCUUAGAAAAGCCCUUCUUUUAAGAUUAUGAAAGUAUUGUUUCUACUACAUACAGAUA